GGAAGGAUUUUGGUAAGCUGGGAGUUGGGUCCUGAUAAGGGGGAGCAAAAUUUUGCGGAGGGGAAUGGGAAUUCUAGCAAUGAGAACGACAAAUUCUGGGAAACGGAAGAGAAGCAAGGCGAAUUCUGGAUUAAUGGAUGAAAGCAGUAGGGAUGCAGAGAAAAUGCGGUUUGCCUGUCACCAAUGCUUCCAUAGUUUUGAACAGAAUGUUGUAAUUUGCUCUAGUUGUGAAAGGAAGCGAUACUGCUACAAUUGCAUUGCUAAAUGGUAUCCUGAGCAAACACGGGAGGAUGUUCAAGCUGCAUGUCCUGUUUGCCGUGGUAAUUGUAAUUGCAAAGCAUGCUUACGUGCAUCUGUAAACUUGAAGAUCAACAGACAAGAAGCAGAUGAUCACGUCAGACUGCAACAUCUUCUGUACUUGCUUUAUAGAUUGCUGCCAGUCCUCAGGCAAAUUGAUGAUGAACAUAGGUCAGAAGUAAUAUUGGAAGCCAUGACACAAGGCAUUGAGGCAUCACAAGUGGAUGUCGUGAGGACUAAACUUGACAAGGAGGAGCGCAUAUAUUGUGAUAACUGCUAUACAUCUGUGGUGGACUUCCAUCGGGAGUGCCUCAAAUGUUCAUAUGAUCUUUGUCUUGCAUGCUGUCAAGAACUCAGAGAUGGCCAUCAACCUGGUGGCAGUGAAGCUUUUUCUGCUCACCAAAAAUUCAUGGAAAGACAACAUCAAAAUUUUUGUGUGGAUGGUGAGAAAAAUGUGCCAAGGAAAAGAUUUUGCUGGGAGACACAAGAUCCUCCUGUGCUAAAUGAUUGUGUUGUUGGUCUGCCCUGCUCUUUUCCUGAUUGGAAGGCAAACAGUGAUGGUAGCAUUCCAUGCCCCCCCAAAGAGCUUGGAGGUUGUGGUGAUGGGUUACUAGUGUUAAAGCGUAAUUUCAAAGCUAACUGGGUGGUCAAGCUACUAAAAAAUGCAGAGGAAUUGACAAGAAGUUUUCAGAAUUUAGAUGUUAAUACUGCUUUUGUGUGUCCUUUAUGUGAUUCUGUUUGUUCAUCUACUGAAAUGACUGAAGGGAGUUCAGGUGUUAGAAAAGCGGCUGGUCGAGAUAACAGCCAUGAUAACUUCUUGUACUGCCCAUUCUCGAGUGAUCUAGGAGUUGAUGAUAUGGACCAUUUCCAAAAGCAUUGGAUGAGAGGGGAACCUGUGAUCGUGAGAGGUGUUCUUGAUAAAACGGUUGGCCUCAGUUGGGAGCCAAUGGUAAUGUGGAGGGCUGUCAGAGAAACCAAGUCAAAAAAGUUUAAAGAGGAAGGACGUGUUGUGAGGGCCAUUGAUUGCUUGGAUUGGUGUGAGGUUGAAAUAAAUAUUCACCAAUUCUUUAAGGGCUACUUAGAAGGCCGUGUGCAUAAGAAUGGAUGGCCUGAAAUGCUGAAGUUGAAGGACUGGCCUCCAUCAAGUUUAUUUGAAGAGCGUCUUCCCAGACAUGGAGCGGAAUUCAUAUCUUCACUUCCAUUUCAUGAAUAUACCCAUCCACAAUUUGGUUUGCUGAAUCUUGCAACUAAAAUUCCUGAUGGGCGUGUGAAGCCCGAUUUAGGACCCAAAACAUAUAUUGCUUAUGGAUUUCGUGAAGAACUAGGUAGAGGUGAUUCAGUGACCAAAUUGCACUGUGAUAUUUCUGAUGCGAUAAAUGUUCUGACCCACACAUCUGAGGUGAAAAUGGCUAGAUGGCAGCAGGAUAAGAUAAAACAGAUGCAGAAGAAACACAGAGAUGAGGACAUUCUGGAAUUGUAUAAAAAUGCAGGAAAUUUAUCAGAGAAAGAAGCUGUUAAAGAGAAUGAAGGAUCAUGUGAACAUCCUGAACUGCUUAACUAUGAGUGUAAAAUUACUGAUGCUUCAUUUAAUACUUUGGAGAAUAACAUUAAGGCUGAAAAAUGUAUUGGUUCCACAGUGGAGUUUAACAGUCCAAUUGUUAUGAAUGGUGUAAGUGGUGGAGAUGAAAGUGCCCUUUGUAGGAAUUUAUGUUUCAAUGGGAGCAAGAAUAUAAUGUGUGAGUGUCAAUCAGACUGGAAGACAAUUUCAUUGAGCUCUUUAUCUGGUGAUGGUCAGUCUUCUUCCAAUCAGCAUGAAUUCAAGUUUCAAAUUGAAAAUGAAACAGUCUGCAAUAAGCAUGACAAAAUACCUGAAAGGGGCUUAUGUAAAACUUGUAGUAGCACACUUCAUGCUGAUGUCAAAGAUAAGACUGCUGUUGAAGAUGAAUCCUUGGCGGAUGCUGCUAGUGAAGAUCAAAAAGUUGCUGUGUCAGGGAUGGUGGGACCAAGUUUAGGUUCUGAAUAUUUGGAGCACAGAAACAUUCCAAACAUUAGUUUUGGAGGUGCUGUUUGGGACAUAUUCCGAAGGCAGGAUGUACCAAAGCUGAUUGAAUACUUGCAGAAACACAGAAAUGAAUUUCGCCAUAUUGAUAAUCUUCCUCUUGAUUCUGUUAUCCAUCCUGUCCAUGAUCAAACAUUUUUCUUGAAUGAGAGACACAAAAGACAACUCAAGGAAGAGUUUGAUGUUGAGCCUUGGACUUUUGAGCAGUACCUUGGUGAAGCAGUUUUCAUUCCGGCAGGAUGCCCCCAUCAAGUGCGAAACAGACAGUCUUGCAUCAAGGUAGCCCUUGAUUUUGUAUCCCCUGAAAAUAUUGGUGAAUGUGUUAAGCUAACAAAAGAGUUCCGAUUGCUUCCAAAAACACAUCGGGCCAAGGAAGAUAAAUUGGAGGUAAAAAAGAUGGCUCUAUAUGCUGCAAGUUCUGCUAUAAGAGAAGCAAUGGAAUUGCAAUCAAAGCUCAGGGUGGUGGUCUGAGGUCUUUUCUCUACAUCAAUUGGUAUCAGAACUUUGAGUUUUCUCUACAUCAAUUGGUAUCAGAACUUCGAGUUUUCUCUGAGGUUGUUUUGCUAAAUCAUUUAUCAAAAUAAUAAACCCAAGGGAAUAUUUUUCAAUUCUCUCCGUGGGGAACUCACCCUAUUGACCAAUACAUGUCGUACAUAUGAAGGAGGAAGAUAUUGUGUCCUUGAAUGCCAAAAAUUAUGAGUGGCAAUAAAAUUCCGUUUUCUUGAUACCAAAGAAUGGGAGAGAGAAACAGAUGGUUAUCAUUGAGUUUAUUAAGCAGAUGACAUAUGAUGAUGAGUCAAAGCCUUAAUUUGAAAUUGAUGUUGUGGAAGACCAAAGUUGUUUUAUUUGGCAACCUGUUUUCUCUAAAACACAAGGGAAUUAGUUCGGUGCGCACAUGAAAAGGAAAAGAGCAUUGUUUCUUUGAAUUUGACAAUUAUGGGCAGAGCUAAAAAUCUAUUUUGUCCACACCAACAUGCGAAGUGAAAGACGUAAAAUAUUGUUGUGAAUUUGUUAGAGAAACAACAUACAGUGAAGAAGCAAAGGUGACUUGUUGAAAUCGGUUUGACCUUGGUUUUCCACUUGGAAAACAAAGGUUAUUAGUCGACUAAAUAUUAUGCGUAUGAAGAGGACAUUGAACCUUAUAAUGUUCAAAUGUUGUGGACGGCGAUGAAGUUUCUAUUUUGUUGAUACCAGGAUGAGAUGAAGAGAUGAAUGAUUUGAUUUGAAUGAUUUGUUGUGAAGUUAUUGGGAUGAAAAUAAUCAAGGAAGGAGCGAAGAAGACUUCCUUUGAAAUCGAUGUUACAAAAUUCUUAAAGCUUGUUACUGUAUUUGGCAAACUAUUUUGCUCUUGAAGUCCAGUGAUUUUUAAAUGUAAAGAAAGAGGUCAUUGCACCUUUGAAUGUAAUUGAUUGUGAUUAGUGACAAAAUUGCAUUUAAUUGCAUUUUAUUUUAAUGUCAAA